UUGGCGCUCACAUCUUGAGCACAUUGCGUGCCCGACCAGCUCAUUUGCUUUAACACGCUGCAUCACCCAUGCGAGAUAUCGAGAGAUGUUUGUCCCACAAUGCGCAACAGUUCGGUAUCUAGUGAUCUCGCUUUAAAACCUGGCUUCGCAGACAGUGGAUGAGGUGCUGCGAUGGUUUACUUCAUCAUCCCCCAGUGGUGGACUCUGCCCGUGUACAUCGCUCUCAUCUACCUGGGAGCGACGAGAACUCAGCUUGAGGCCAACAAUCUCUUCGACACGUACGAGGAUGGCGAAUUCCCUGUCAUGUCAUGCGCCGGGGUUAAUACAAACGCUCGGACGCUAGACGGGCUAUGCAAUAACUUGACUGUGCCCGGAAUGGGGUCCAUUAAUACUCGUUUCCAUCGGUUCAUCCCUAUCAACGACAGUUGGUCUGAGACGGGGAGCACGCUUUACACCCCCAACCCUCGUCUCAUCAGCCAGAAGAUUCUCUCGCGCCAAUCCUUUACCCCGGCCACUUCAAUCAACAUGCUUGCUGUCGCAUGGAUCCAGUUCCAAACCCACGAUUGGUUCAGCCACGGAAUUGAGAACGACCCGAACAACUUCCUUGUGUGGGAUGUACCCGCCGGCGAUCCCCUGCUGGCGACCGGACAGAAGAACAUGUCUCUCCGGCGCACCGUGUUCGAAACCCACGAUGGCCGGCCGAACACUUACACUAACGUCAACACUCACUGGUGGGAUCUCAGCCAGAUCUACGGCGUCGACAACGCGACCCAUGCUCCGCUACGCGCCGGGGUUGACGGCAAGAUGAAGGUUGCCGCUGACGGCCUGCUUCCGAUGGGAGCGAACGGCCUCGAUGCGACGGGUUUCAACGACAACUGGUGGGUCGGUUUGUCGAUGAUGCACAACAUCUGGACGAAAGAACACAACGCGGUGGCCGACAUGUUCAAAGCAGCCAACCCUUCGUGGAACGACCAGGAGAUCUACGACCAUGCCCGUCUCGUGACCACAGCUCUCAAUGCCAAAAUACACACGGUUGAGUGGACACCUGCUCUGCUCCAGGACCAGACGCUGCAGAUGGCCAUGAAUGCCAACUGGUAUGGUCUUGCUCCAGCAUGGCUGCAGAGCUUCCCGGACAUCUUUG